CAGGCGACCAUUCCAUCUCAUCUUCACUUCUCUUCUCUACAUUCUCCCCGCCCGGCCGCCACCCCCCGCAGCACGGACACCGCCCAUCCAACCACCCGUACUCGCCCCGGCUUCAUGACCCGAGCCGCAUACUAAUCUUCGACCUCCCGGACUACCCUUCCUACCCGUAGCCCAAUGGACGGGAUUGAAGAACAAUCUUCGAGCACCCAGUCUUCUCAACAGCACUCCGAACACACCAGCAACAUCCGCCGUUCCUCUCGGCUCUCUAUCAGCACUACUACUGCCGAUCUUCAGUCCGCCCAGUCAGCCACUCCCGGUGCCAAGGGCAAGAAGAAGGUCACCCUUGACCAAUCGUCCUCGGGCUCCAAAAGCCGAGAUCCACCCGCUACUGCCUCUCACUCAUCUACCGCUUCCGGCGCCAGCCAGAAUCUUGACCGCAAAGGAAAGAAACGUGCUACUAGCUCGACUGCCACGCCUUCGACAGACAUCCCGCCACCUGCCGCAAAGAAAUCCAAGCGCAACUCGGUGUCUUCCGUCGGCUCUUCCUCCUCCAAGCGAUACGAUCUAAGGACAAAGUCCGAGGCACAGUCAGCCGAGUCUUCUACUGCAAAAGGUACAGGAAAGGGCAAGAAGAUGGCUCCAAAGACAAACCCCAAGAAGGCCGGUGUAUCAAAUGACAGAUCCAAGAAGGGUGACACUUCCGCCCGACACUUGAUCGGUGUCGACUACGACGAAGACGACUCCAUGUGGGUGGACGAGGACCCUGAAGAGGGAGACGUGACCAUGGACGAUGAGGAGAUGAUGAGGGAUGACUACGACCACGAUGAUGACGAAGAUGAUGAUGAAGACGACGAUGAGGAGAACGAGGGAGGUGCGCUGUCCUGGGGGCUCAACUUUGACGAAGCGACAGCAGCCCUGUUCGGUUCCGGCUUCCGAAUCUUUGGCGGAGGUGCCGUCGGUGGUGGCCUGUCCAAGCGACUCCAACGACUGAAGAAGAAACUUCGCUCAAAGAAGAUUGCGACUCGCCUUGCUUCGCUCCGAGAGUGCAGCGAACUCCUUUUGGUCAGCAACGAAGACACCCUUGGCGGCGUCUUCUCUCCAGGGGGCUUUGCGGCCGAAUUCAUCGCCAUUCUCAAGGGCGAACCGAAUGUCGAAGAGGGCGAGAGUGACGAGGAAGAAUCAAACUACGACGAGAUGGAUGAGGACGCUCAGCUUGCUGCCGCUCUUGCUCUAAGCUCGGGUGGCGAGGCCCCUGAGGCUGGUCUUGGCGGUGAAGAGGAUGAGCUAGAGUGUCAGCUUGUUGCUUGCAGAUGCUUGGCGCAUAUGAUGGAGGCUUUACAUGGGUGCGGGCAUACACUGGUACAUCAUGGUGCCGUACCCGUGCUCUGCUCCAAGUUGCAAGAGAUAUCUUAUAUUGAGCUGGCUGAGCAAACACUUAGUACCCUCGAAAAGAUCUCCGCCGAGUACCCCUCCGCCAUCGUUCGCGAAGAUGGCCUCGGUGCCCUCCUCAAUUUCCUCCCCUUCUUUUCCACCAACGUUCAGCGGACUGCCGUUACCGCCACCGCCAACUGUUGUCGUAACAUCUCCCCAGAACAUUAUGACAAGAUCAAAGCGGUCUUCCCCACUCUUCGAGACACCCUGAGCUCGGGCGAACCGCGUUUGGUGGAGCAGGCCACUUUAGCCAUCCUCCGUACGAUUGAAUCUUACCGACACAAUUCUGGGCAUCUGGAAGGUCUUUUAGACCAUGACACCAUGGCUGCUGUCAACAUCCUUCUUAUGCCAUCCGCCGGCUCUCCCCUCAUUACGCCUCCCACCUACACUCAUCUACUCAAGGCGCUCACUACCUCUGCUCGGGGAUCUGCCAAGGUCGCAAUCGGAUUGCUGGAAGCUGGGAUGACCAGCACCAUCUAUCAAAUCCUCACUGGAGUCUUGCCUCCAUCCCACGACGAAGACGAGCAAGGCGGAUCCUCUGGUGGUCAAGGUCUUGCUGGCGGUGUAGCCGACAUGGCCAUCUUGCAAAACCUUGCGCACAGGCCCAAGGAGCAGGUCGAGGAAGCUUUGGCGCUCAUCUGCGAGCUUUUGCCUCCUGUACCCAGAGAUGGCGUCUUUGAUCCGAGAAUGUACAGUGAGAAGAACCUGUACAAGGUCAAGAAGGGUAGAAAGAUUGAGAGUAGUGCCGAUAGGGUUCGAAGGAGCACCAGAGUGGCGGAAGCCGCGUCUGGUUCCAAUUCGGCAUCCAACUCUGCCGGUCCCAGCACCCCUGCCGCAUCAGGCGAACCUGCUCCAGCCACUACGAUCGGAAACACUGGAGACGUCCUUGCCAACUUGUCCGCCAGUCGGGAGGCUGCCGUUCACAAGGCAAAGAAGGAGCUCGAAGCGCAGAUGCAGCUCCGAUACGAACUGUGCAAAAGCAAUACCGACUUGAUCAGCAGCUUUAUCAAGACGGUGGUGCCUGUUCUUGUGGAUGUCUAUGCUGCCUCGGUGGUAUUGAGGGUGAGGACCAAGGUCCUGGUUGGAUUACUCAAAGCUAUCUCGUUCGCUCCCAAGGAUCAACUUCGAGCAACACUUCGAUGUGUGCCCAUGGCAAGCUUCCUCUGUGCGAUCAUCUCGUCCAAAGACAACGACGCAUUUGUGCUUCACGCCCUCCAAAUCGUGGAGCUGCUUGCCAUCAAGCUUCCUGAUGUCUAUCAGGUCUCGUUCUUGAGAGAAGGUGUGGUGUCUGAGAUUGAUCAGCUAGCUCAAGAGGAGAUGAGCAGAGAAAAAGCAGCAAAGCUAGCUGCAGAGAAAGAGACAGUCAACCCGGAGGAGGGUACAUCGACGCCAAAAGCUGCUGCUGAAGUGCACCAACCGCAAGAUGCGCUGGGCUCUUUGCCUCAGACCCCGCAAGCCGCCGAUGCUGUUCAGCCCAAUCCACUGCUUCUGGCAUCCAACCCCUCCACGCCCGCACCAAAGAAGCAUUCCGCAGCUUUGGACCCCCGAGACUCUAAUAUCGUUCGAGCUCGUAUGCUCAUCGCGAGGAAGGUGUUUGACGCGGGCGGAGAAAACCAGCUCGCCGCUUCCAAGGUGUUGAGUGACAUCAACGGCAUGGUGAAGAAGCUCUGCCUACCCGAAACCACCGAACCCGAGCUGAGAGAAACUCUGAGGUCUAUUGCUUCACAGUUCUCUCGCAUCGACCAAGGCUUAUCCAGCUUUGAGCUUCUUCAAAGCGGACUUGUGGAUGGCAUUUUGGAAUUCGUGGAGAUUACUGGUGAAGUCUCAUCUGCCGAUAGACGAGCAAUGUUUUUCGAGAUAUUCUCCAACACCAGUGUUUCUUCACCUAAUCCCCUCACCAUCCUUGUCAAGCGACUCCACGAAUCGCUCGGUAGGCUGGAGAAUUUCGAGGUUGAGACUGCCUUCGGCGGCGGUGCCGAUCCCAUGCGACCAUCUAGCUCUGGUGUACACCGCACCCUGCGCGUGAGGCUUUGUGCCGAAGGUGACGACAUCCCCAAGAAUGUCAGUCAGCUCGUUAUCACCAUACAAGCUAUAGCCUCAGUCAAGGCUGUCCACGACUACCUGCGACCAAGGAUUGCGGACGGAAAUUUCGGUGGCGGUGGACUUUCCCAGAUGUUUGCGGCCUAUGCUGCCAACCGAGGUGGUGGCGGAAAUACUAAUGCUUCAAGACUUCUUGACGCUCUUAUGGGAGCUAGCAGGGCUGGCAGUGCCGCUGCAGGUGGUCCACGAUCCCUUGAGCAACCCCCCUCCGGCUCCCCCAAUCAAGCGACCGGCUCUGGCUUGAAGCUUCCCGAGAGAAGACGCAGCGCUCGACUGAAUCCUUCUUCCACUGCAGAGGAAUCUGACGCUGGGGGUUCUGCCCCUGCUGCCGAGGAUAGUGUUGGCGCUGAAGAGGUUGAACACACUUCAACUGCAGCUACUGCCGUGCCGGCGCCUGUUGAGGGUGAGAGAGCAGGGUUGCCGUCUCUUCCUAUCGGCAUGGACUUUGGUGAUGACGAUGAGGAUGACUAUUCUGAAGAAGAAUUUGAGGCACCGGUGAUCGACCAGGUGAUGGAGGAAGACCUCGCUACUGCUGGUCCCUACGAGAGUGUUGUCAAUAUGAAUGUCACUCCUGAUGGCUCACGUGUUGAGGUCAAGACUCCUCAAGGAACCCGUAUUGCCACCCCGCAGCAAAGUGUCCCCGCCUCUGCCUCUGCCGGCCCCGGUCCAUCCACCUCCACCACGAGUCGCGUGACCCCCUCUCGCGCCGUCUCUGGAUCCUACGCGGGCGCUCUUAAAACCGAACCUACCGAUUGGCAUCUCGAGUUCAUCCUCGAUGGCAAGAAACUCGACAUGGAAGACAUCGUCUAUGGCGCGGUAUUCCGAGAGAAACACUUGACCGGUUCCACUUCUACGGCGGACUUUAAUACUGCCCCUACUAUUAAAUUCAGAAAGGUCGAAGGACCGGCGCCUGUCAAAGAGUCCAAGGACCCUAGUAAUGUGGCCUCAUCUCCUGCGUCUGUUAUGAGCGCCCUUCCCGAAGAGCCUGCUGAGCCUACUACUCCUACGUGGAAGAUCCUCCAUCUUUUAAGGGUCGUCCAUGACCUUUCGGUGGAGGGGCGAGAGAACCUCGGUGAUGUCGAUGGUAUUCUUGACGAAAACCUCUUUGUCAACAACAAAUUGACUGCCAAGUUGACCCGACAGCUGGAAGAGAUUCUCAUCAUUGCCAGCAAUUGUCUUCCCGAAUGGGCCACGAGUCUGCCCAAGCAUUUCUCCUUCCUUUUCCCCUUCGAUGCUCGUUACAACUUCCUCCAGCUAACCGCUUUCGGCUUCUCCCGACUCCUUCUCAAGGCCCAACAGGCGGGUGGCGGCCGUCAUCGAGAUGAUCUUCCUAAUAUCGCCAACUUGCUUCGCCGAAAGGUGCGAAUCUCUCGAACGCAGCUUCUCGAGUCAUGUGCCAAGGUCAUGGAGAUGUACGCCACCUUCCCUGGUACUCUCGAAGUUGAAUACUUUGACGAGAUUGGUACCGGGCUAGGCCCAACACUGGAAUUCUACGCACUUGCUUCCACCGAAUUCGCUAGGCGAAAUCUGAAUAUCUGGAGAGACGAGGAUUCUAGCAUACCUGGUACCUACGUCCAUCACCCUCACGGCCUGUUCCCCUCGCCUCUUGCUGGCUUUGGUGAUGCUGUCGCGCCCAAACUCAGGUGGUUCAAGACACUCGGUCUUUUCAUUGGGCGAUCUAUGCUUGACAGUAGGAUCAUCGAUAUUAGGUUGAGCAAGAUCUUCUUCAAGCUCCUUCUGGGGCGACCGGUGAAGAAGAAUAUCACCACGCUCAAAGCUGUUGACCCUCAGCUGGCUCGAUCCUUGGAGAGGCUUCAAGCAUACUCUUCAGCUCGAAGAGAAAUCGAAGCUCUCCCACUCCCCGCUUCCUCUCGUCGUGCAAAGAUUGCAUCUCUGACUGUCGGUGGCGCCAAACUUGGUGAUCUUGCUCUCGACUUUACUCUACCUGGAUACAACAUUGAGCUCAAGUCUGGUGGCGCCCAUAUCGAGGUCGACGACGGCAAUUUGGAUGAGUAUUUGGAGCUUGUCUUGGACUGGACUUUAGGCUCGGGUGUGGCUCAGCAGGUCAAAGCGUUCCAAGAAGGCUUCUCUGGAAUCUUCCCCAUCAAGAGUCUGAAAAUAUUCUCUCUUGAGGAACUCCAACUGGUCUUUGGUAACGCCGACGAAGAUUGGUCUCGUGAAACUUUGGAGCAAUCCAUCAAGGCCGACCACGGAUACAACUCGGAAAGCAGGGCAGUGCAAAAUUUGAUUGAAGUGAUGUCUUCCUACACGAAGGAGCAACGUCGACACUUUUUGCAAUUCAUGACUGGUGCUCCAAAGCUGCCCAUCGGUGGAUUCAGAGGCUUCACUCCACCCUUUACUGUCGUUCGGAAACCCCACGAGCCGCCCUACAAGGCCGACGAUUAUCUCCCCAGUGUCAUGACUUGUGCUCUGUAUCUCAAGAUGCCCGACUAUUCCAACAAGGAGGUCUUGGCCACUCAAUUUGAUCGAGCCAUGCGAGACGGCAAGGGCUCUUUCCUGCUUUCAUAGACACUAUAACACCUCAUUCAAUAGAAUGAACCCCGACCCCAACUUUUCUGAGCAUUGAUGUCCUUGUCUUCCGGUCUUUUUUCGCUUUCAUGCUUUCUCUUUCCUCUAGUCUGCUCUAUUCCCCAUUUGUAUCGUAGAAAUUCAAAUCACACAUCGAGGAAGGAAUCUGAAUGUACUGGAUCUCGUCAA